AUGCCUACGAAGCCGGAUAAAAAGCUGGGCAACGUGCUACCACCGAGGAUCCAACCGGCGAGGAAGCCGUGCUCCUAUUUGGAGCUUUAUCGUCGGCGAUUCAGUGGACCAAGGCGUAACAUUCGAUCCCCGGAGGGUUCCACCUUGUCGGUUUUCGGAGACAGCCAACAAGAACAGCUCACCGACGAGGAUACGUGUUUACCGGGUACCCCAAGGGACGAUCGUAGCGAGCUGAGUUUUUACCGGCGUGUAAUCGAGGGAUCCGCCGAUCCCACGGCCACGAUCACCGCACGAUCUCCCGUUCCCUUGCAUCAACACGUGUCAGAAGACACGAACGUCGCCCGUACCCUGGGCAGGGUUAAGCAGGACCCGACCGCCGACGAUAAAUCGAGGAUCCUCGGAUACCGGCCGUACACCAUCGAGGAGUACAAGACCUUGCCGAUACCGAAGCUCGAUCGAUCUCUCGGGCCCGAUAAAGUCGAGAUGCAAGCGAAGAGAGAGUGGCUAAUGCGACGAAGGUCAUACGGGAACUCUGUUAGCGCGCAUAAUCGCCAGCGGAUAGUGCUGCAGGCGCAGAAGCUCAAGAAGGAGGACUCUUCUUCAGCCAUCGAAGUCCUUUUGUGUUCACAGUCGAAGCACAGCGUCUCUCGAAAAUGCUUUCUGCCUCCUUUGAAGGAUAAGGAAGUCGACGCAAAGCCGGAAGGUGAGUCGACAUCUUCGACGAUAUUCGAGGAGCACGAUGCCGUUCGGAAAAACGCAGGCGGAAAUUGUGGCAAGUAUUCCAGGCGAGAAACCGACGUCGGCAAAAUGUCCUCGCAGUCGAAAAAAUUCGGAGGAACGUCGAGCUUCGGCUCGUCGUUGAACUCGCGCGAUAACAUCGAAGAUUCAUAUUUGGAGUCCCUGAGGCAACGUCACCUUCAUGAAAAGGAGAUGGUGGACCGUAUUAUGAGCCAAGUACGAUGCCCUUGA